UCUUGUUUUAGCUGAGAUUGAGAGAGGUGGUUUGCAGCAACAGAAAGCAUGACGUGGACAAUAGGGAUACUGUGGCUUAUUCUUUUGUCAGUGAAUCAUACUAAAUCAAAACCACAAGUCUUUCUCACCAGUAACAGUGCUCAUGCAGUGUUAGAAAGGCAGAAACGUGAUAAUUUUUUAUUUGAAGAGCUAAGGUUUGGUAAUCUGAAACGAGAGUGUUAUGAGGAAACCUGCGUUUAUGAAGAGGCAAGAGAAUUUUUUGAAGAUACAGUGGAGACCAAAAAAUUCAUGGACUGUUACAAUGCUAAAGAUAAAUGCAUAACCUCACCUUGUGAAAAUGGAGAUGUGUGUCGCAAUAGAGGCUACAACUGUACUUGUCAAAAAGGCUUUCAAAGCAAGAACUGUGGACAAGUUGGCGAUAAUUGUGCACCAAACCCUUGCCAAAAUGGAGGAACAUGCUACAACAGUACUGAAGCAUACAGUUGUAUCUGCAGGAAUGGCUAUCAUGGCACAAAUUGUGAACACGGUGUUAAAGACUGUACGUUAGGUAUCUGCCAUCAUUUUUGUAAACCAACAUAUGACACCUAUAUAUGCUAUUGCGCCAAAGGGUACAUUCUGGGAAAAGAUGCCAAAAGUUGUAUUCCGGCAGAACCUUAUCCAUGUGGAAACAUUUUUGUCCCUCCAUCUCGUAAUCAUUCAAAUUUGGACUUUAGAGCAAUUGAUGAAGACCAACAGUCAAAUAAGGGAGAAUAUCCUUGGCAGGUUCUUUUAAGAAGUGAAGAUAACAUACUUUGUGGUGGUGCUAUUCUAAAUGAAGAUUUUGUGUUAACCUCAGCUCACUGUGUUAACCAAUUAAAUUCAUUCCAAGUUAUUGUAGGAGAGCAUAAUUUAUACAUAGACGAAGGAUCUGAGCAAAUAUUUAAUGUUAGCAAAACACACAUACAUUCAAGAUAUUCCCCAGAAACCUUUGAAAAUGACAUAGCAUUGAUAAAGUUGGAGGAACCAAUUAAUUUCAACAAUUUCACCCUUCCCAUCUGUCUGCCCGAGAAAGACUUUGCUGAUGUUUUUCUAAUGAACUCUGAAUAUGGGGCAACCAGUGGAUGGAAAGUUAAAGAAAGGAAUGUCCAACAGCCUUUUUUACUUAGUGUCCUUUUGCUCCUUUUGCUGAAUAUGCCAAGUGUGAGAAAGAGCAACCUUUUCCUGUUGUGCAUAAAAUGUUUUGUGCAGGUUUCGAAGAAAUUGCAGAUCCAAUGUGUUAUUUAACCAAAGGGAGUCCAUUUGUAACUAAGCACAGGGGUGUCUGGUUUUUGACGGGCAUACUAAGCUUGGGAGCAGAGGAAUUUGAAUGCACUUUACCAAUUUACACAAAAGUAUCAAGAUACGUAAAAUGGAUUCAAAAAAUGACCAAGAAAUGACCGAGUCCCUCUCAGGUCUUCAAACUGGUUGCGGGCAGCCGGUGGAAUAAUAAACAUCUUCUAAAGCAAAAGUGAUGCUAAGAUGUAUUUAGCUACUUUUAUUAACAUCUGUGCUUACCCGCAUUUAAAUAAUCAUACACCAAAACAGAAAAGAAUUUUUACACCAAAAAAAGUCACUUUAUUACCAACUCACAGAACACAACAACAACACAAAAUGACACUUGUAAAUCGCCUUUCACGUUGGGAGGACGUCCCAAGGCACUGGGAUACUAUUCAACAUGAGUUUGUUAAUUUCUGUCAUGGUUCGAGCAUUUAGAGAAAAGAAGCGUGAGAUGUUUUGGAACAGUCUGACAAUUACUCUUGAACUGUUUUGAUGUUUUAGCUUUACAAGUGCUAUAUAAAAUGCAAGGUUUACUAUUGUUGCAAAUACUCCUGGUGUGUGUGGAAACAGACUGAUGUCCAAAAUAGGUGAAAUAUGAGGUCCAGGGAUGAUUUUGAUGUGAUUGAAUGGGGUGUAAAAUAUACACAUCUGUUUCUCUCACUCACACCAGUUUGUACUUACAAAUUGUGAAAACAAUUUCAUGUAAAAAGACAUAAAAGCCAUUAACAUAAUAAACGUUUGCAUAAUAUUGA